AGAAAAUAAAAGUUGAAAUUGAACACGUAUUUACGUAUACGUCUCGUUGGCAUAUAUGCUACAACUACAAUAUAUUAUUUGUACAUAUAGAAGUAUGUCUAUAUAUAUGAUAUUAUGCCGAGACAAAUCUGUUGACUAUAAUUAGACUUCUUCAUUUACUCUCUGACUUACCACAUUUACUCUUUCCUUCCUCUCUGCUUCCUCUUUGCUUCUCUCUCUCGCUCUCACUAUGAAGAGUUUAAACACCGAACACAAUCACUCUGCGGCGGAAUCCGGCGACGUUUACUCCGUGUCUGAUCCUGGAAAGAACGUGGACGACGACGGCCGAGAGAAGAGGACGGGGACAUGGCUUACGGCGAGUGCGCAUAUUAUCACGGCGGUGAUAGGCUCGGGAGUUUUGUCGUUAGCAUGGGCGAUAGCUCAGCUUGGUUGGAUCGCAGGGAUUUUGAUUUUGAUCAUUUUCUCUUUCAUCACUUAUUUCACUUCUACGAUGCUCGCUGAUUGCUACCGUGCGCCGGAUCCCGUCACCGGAAAACGAAAUUACACUUACAUGGACGUUGUUAGUUCUUACCUCGGUGGUAGGAAAGUGCAGCUUUGUGGAGUGGCACAGUAUGGGAAUCUGAUAGGCAUCACUGUAGGGUACACCAUCACUGCUUCUAUUAGUUUGGUAGCGGUCGGGAAAUCGAACUGUUUCCACGAUAAAGGGCACGGUGCAGAUUGUACUAUAUCGAAUUAUCCAUACAUGGCAGUCUUCGGGAUCAUUCAAAUUAUUCUUAGCCAGAUCCCAAACUUUCACAAGCUCUCUUUCCUCUCCCUUAUGGCUGCGGUCAUGUCCUUCACUUACGCAACCAUUGGGAUCGGCCUAGCCAUCGCAGUGGUCGCAGGUGGGAAAGUUGGUAAGACGAAUCUGACCGGUACGGUGGUAGGAGUUGAUGUAACCGCAGCUCAGAAGAUAUGGAGAUCGUUUCAAGCUGUUGGGGACAUAGCGUUUGCGUAUGCUUACGCCACGGACACAUUAAAAUCUAGCCCAUCAGAGAACAAAUCUAUGAAAAGAGCAAGCCUUGUGGGAGUAUCAACCACCACUUUCUUCUACAUGUUAUGUGGCUGUAUGGGCUAUGCUGCGUUUGGAAACAAAGCCCCUGGAGAUUUCCUCACAGAUUUCGGAUUUUACGAACCCUUUUGGCUCAUUGACUUUGCAAACGCUUGCAUAGCUGUCCAUCUUAUUGGAGCCUAUCAGGUAUUUGCACAGCCGAUAUUCCAGUUUGUUGAGAAGAGAUGCAAUAGAAGCUGGCCUGACAACAAGUUCAUAACUUCUGAAUACUCAGUAAACAUACCUUUCCUUGGAAAAUUCAGCAUCAGCUUCUUCAGAUUAGUGUGGAGGACAGCUUAUGUGGUUGUAACCACUGUGGUAGCUAUGAUCUUCCCUUUCUUCAACGCGAUCUUGGGUCUGAUCGGAGCAGCUUCAUUCUGGCCUUUAACGGUUUAUUUCCCGGUGGAGAUGCACAUUGCACAGACUAAGAUUAAGAAGUACUCUCCUCGAUGGAUUGCACUGAAAACGUUAUGCUGGGUUUGCUUGGUCGUCUCGCUCUUAGCUGCAGCUGGAUCCAUCGCAGGUCUGAUAAGUAGCGUCAAGACAUACAAGCCCUUCAGGACUAUGCAUGAGUGAGUUGGUGAUCCAUGAGAGUUCUCACAUCUCAGGAGAGUAAAAAAAAAUGUAGUUGUUUGGUCUUUCUUCGUGUCUAAAAUCCAAGAAUACUUUAUUGCUGAUAAGCUACAUGAAUCCCUCUGUAUCCACACCUUUCAAUCUAAUACAUAUGAGCCUUUCACAGCUCUUGCAAAACUGAUUGAUCAUAUAACUAUAAGAGCAUAACACAAUUCAAAUCCAUUUUACAGGGAUUAUUGGCUUAUAAAUUUAUAUUCAUCU